AUGUCGGCCAUGAGCAAGGAGGCUAUUGAGGCCCAGUGGGCCGCUCAUAUCGACAAGCAGAUGGUCACCGUGCCCGGCUCUAAGGAGGAGGGCUUCACGGAGAUCUACAAGAACGCUGCGUUCCCCGAUUCGCCUCCGGCUGUGUCCGCCUACGAUGCGUUCAUCAAGGGUUACCAGAUGGACCCCAACGCCAAGUGCCUGGGUCACCGCCCGUGGGACGAGGCGAAGGGCGAUCUUGCGAACCAGUUUGUCUGGCGCACCUACGCCGAGGUCGAGACCGAACGUACUGCGCUUGGCUCGGCGAUGAGCGGCUGGGUCGACCAGGGUCUGCUCAAGCCCCGUGCCAACGAGGAAAACAUCCUCGAGCCCGGCAUGACCAAGUUCUCUGUCGCAUUCUGGGGCCCCAACCGCCCCGAGGCCUGCACCGUGGCCCUUGCGCUGAACGCCUACUCGCGCUGCUCGAUCGGUCUCUACGACAACUACGACGCAGCGAUUUCGUGCUACAUCCUGCACCACAGUUGCUCGCGUGCGCUCUUCACCACCUCGUCGUACCUCCCGAUCGUUCUGCGCAACAUCGAGAAGAUGCCCUCGCUUAAGGUCGUCGUUCUCCUCGACCGCCCCGGCCCGGCGAAGCUCGCACAGGGUGAGGUGCAGAAGGAGCACCUCGCGCGCGAGUGGGCUGCCAUGCACGACGUGCACAUCUUCUCCUACGACGAGGUCGUCGCGCAGGGUCUCGCCAACCAGCGCCCGCACAUUCCCCCGUCGAGCCCCGACAACCUCGAGUCGCUCUGUUACACGUCGGGCACCACCGGCCUUCCGAAGGCCUCGCGCAUCACCAGCGACGAUACCGCUGUGGGUAUCGAGGGUCUCCGCUACGUCGUUCCGGGCACCAAGAUGGUCUCCAUCUCCUACCUGCCCCUUGCCCACAUUCUCGAGCAUGGCUGGGAGCUGUACAUUCUCCGCACCGGUGGCGCGAUCGGCUACUACUCGGGUAGCAUCGAUCGUCUGCCCGAGGACCUGCAGCUCCUCAAACCCACCGCGUUUCCCAGUGUGCCUCGUGUGCUGAACCGCAUUGCGGGUCAGAUCGAGACACAGAUGAACGCUGGUGGCCUCAAGGGCUUCCUUCUCCGCAGCGCCAUCGACGCCAAACUCAAGAACUACGAGGAGACGGGCACGAUUACCCAUGCUUUCUGGGACCGUCUCGUGUUCCGCAAGGUCCGCGGAAUGCUCGGUGGUAACAUCCGCGUGUGCUUCACCGGUAGUGCCCCGUGCCGCCCCGAUGUGCUGAAGCUGCUCCGCGUUGCUCUGUGCACGGACAUCCGUGAGGCGUACGGCCAGACCGAGAACUGCGCCUACGCCACGUUCAUGGCUCCCCACGACCGCAACCUUGGCUGUGUCGGCCCGGCGAACCCCGGUCUGGAGCUCCGCCUGCGCGACUGCCCCGACCUCGGCUACCUGUCGACCGACAAGCCGCACCCCCGUGGUGAGAUCCUCUUCCGCGGCCCCACCGUGUUCAGCGGCUACGAGGGCGACCCUGCCAAGACCAAGGAGACCCUCAUGCCCGGCAAGGACGGCCGUGGCAACUGGCUGCUCACCGGUGACGUCGGCCAGAUCGACCAGUACAACCGUCUGCAGAUCAUUGACCGUGUCAAGAACCUGGUCAAGCUCGCGCAGGGUGAGUACAUUGCCAUUGAGAAGGUCGAGGGCAUCUUUGCCUCGCUCCCGCUCGCUCAGCAGGUCUGGCUCUACGGUGACUCCUUCCAGCCCCACCUGGUCGCUAUCUGUGUGCCCGAGCCCGAGCCGUUUGCACAGUUCAUCUCGCGCGUCUCGAAGAAGAGCGUCUCGCCCUCGGACACCCAGGCGCUCGAGGAGGCCUGCAAGGACGAGAAGAUCGUCGAGGCUUUCCUGCGUGAGUUCAUCUUGCUCGGUAAGCGCCAGAAGCUCGGCUCGCUCGAGCAGAUCCGUGCCCUGAAGCUGCGCAUGGAGCCCUUCUCGCCGGAGAACGGCCUGAUGACCCCUACGCUGAAGAUUAAGCGCCAGGAGGCCGCCAAGGUCCUCAAGAAGGACCUCGAAGAGCUCUACGAGUGCCAGCCUUACGACCUGAACAGCGUCAAGGACUCCAAGCUCUAA